AGUGUCAAAUGUUCGGGGGGGAUAAGUAUAAAAGAACUAUUGCAUGGUAUAGAAGUAUGCCAAAUGGAGUUAACAGUAAUGUUUGCAAGUUUAUCAAUUAUAUUAGCGCAUUUAAAUUUAUCAUAUACGAGCCAGUUCGUUGAGAAAGGUGCCAGUGGUCAGCCACUCCCAAAGGCAGCCACAUUUCACUUUCCAGAGUAUGCAUACAAGGAAACAAGUAAAAAUGAGAUUAUAUACCACGAAUUUGAGACUUCAUGUGAGCGAAAUACUCUAUGCGAAAAUCUAGAAGGAGUUGUGAAGAAGUCAUGUGUACGUCGUUGCAUUUCUUAUACCUGCUACCAAGACAUCUACGGAUUUGAUGAGCUGGAGGAGGGGGAAAUCGAUGUUCGCCUGAAUUCUUUCAAAGGUUGUGUCAUUCAACGUACUGGCAAAAAUCAUCGCCGUUAUCCGAGCACUCAGAGAUUAUUAUUUCAACGUUUCGAUGUAGGUGAAUUUUUUUUCAACAUGAAAUGGAAGUUUACUAAUUACUUUAAAAGUGUGUUCUAGUCGUUAUUAAAUAAUAAAGUACAUAUAUUCUUUGUGAAGCAUUCUAUUUAA